AUGGGAGGAGGAAUGUACCUGCCUGUUGACGAAGAUUAUUCUCCUCCCAUUGAACUGAAGGUAAUUGAUCACCGCGAUUUUGGAUAUAAGCCAGUGGUGGGACAAGCAACAGUGAGAUCUCUGAGUCAAUAUUACUGCAAUCCAUUAGAAGAAACCAAAGUCCACAACUUACCGCCCAGAGUCACUAAAAAGGUGAAGAUGAAAAAGAGAUGGAGCAGCUUUAAAUUAUGGUCAUGGAGGAAAGAGAAAGAAAAGAAGACCGAUGAAGAGGAGGAGGAAGAAGAGGAAGAAGAAAUUGAUUGGUGGAGCAAAUACUAUGCCACAAUGGGAGAUUUAUCAAAGAGCGGACAUUAUCUGGAAAAGGGAUAUGAUAGCAUAAAGAUCUACAAUUGUGAAUUGGAAGAAGUUCCUGAAUUCCAUGGUCUCCAGGAUUUCUGUCAGACCUUUCCUCUGUACCGGGGGAAAGUCCAAGAUGAGGACCCUAUGGUGGGGGGAGAAUUUAAGGUGAACAAGACCAAUAUAGCUUCACAUGGACAUCUGGGACCUGCCAAAGAACGUAUGGCCCUCCACCUUCUCCGGACAUGCGGUUUGGUCUCUGAACACGUAGAAACUCGCACCCUCUAUGACCCAGCUCUACCUGGAAUUGACCAGGGAAAAUUGCAGAUGUGGGUGGACAUCUUCCCACUCUACUUGGGUGACCCAGGACCUUCUUUUGAUAUCACCCCACGGAAGCCCAAAACAUUUGAACUCCGCUGCAUAAUUUGGAACACAAAAGAUGUGGAUCUGGAAGAUACCAAUAUCUUUGGAGACAAGAUGAGUGACAUCUACGUGAAAGGAUGGCUGGACGGCCAGGAAGAAGACAAGCAAAGAACUGAUGUCCACUAUAGGUCCUUGGCAGGAGAAGGCAACUUCAACUGGCGAUUCAUAUUCACGCUGGAUUAUUUGCCUAUGGAGCAAGUUUGUGUCCUCACUAAAAAGGUGGGGCAUAAAAUCUAUGAACUCACAUGUACCAUCCCAUUAGAAAAGGACCUGAAGAUCUCAUUAUUUGAUUUUGACCUCUUUUCACCUGAUGACAUAGUUGGGGACACCACCAUAGACUUGGAGGAUCGGCUCAUGUCUCAUUACGGGGCCAACUGCAAUCUGGAAAUGAACUUAACCAGCAUCCCACGACCUGCCAAGCGGCCUCGGGAUUGCAGUUUGAAAGUCCUGCAGGACGAUAGCGGGAAGGCCAGCUCGUCCACUCCUUUUCGCCGACGGAAACAAAAAUGCAUUUCCCUCUUCACCCAAAGGAAUAUGAGAGGCUGGUGGCCCUGCAUCGUCAUUGAGAAAGACAAGCCGCGAGUGUCCGGUAAGAUUGAAAUGUCUCUGGAGUUGCUGACCGAUCUGGAGGCCGACGAGUUUCCAGCUGGGAGAGGAAGGGAAGAACCCAAUGCAAACCCCUUUCUGAAGCCACCAGAGAGGCCGGAGACCUCUUUCCUAUGGUUCACAGCCCCCUUAAAGAGCAUUCAUUUUAUUGUAUGGCAGAAGAGUAAAUGGAAGAUCCUAAUUUUUAUCUGCAUCCUGCUGGUGAUCUGGCUGUUCAUCGAUUUCAUCUACUCAGCGCCAGGUUAUCUUGCCAUGAAGUUGGUCAAUCCAAUGAAAUUACAUGGUCCAUCUUGGCCCAAGCAGUCUCUGAAGAAUAAUAUUAACACAAGCGUUCAAAUAGCAUGGACAACCUCAGAAAUAAUGCAUACAAUUUCAACAGUGUCAUUGCCACCAGCAUCUUCCAAGAAAGGACCACCAGGAACUCCCAGGAAAGGACCACCAGGAGCUCCCAAGAAAGGACCACCAGGAGCUCCCAAGAAAGGGCCACCAGGAGCUCCCAAGAAAGGACCACCAGGAGCUCCCAAGAAAGGACCACCAGGAGCUUCCAAGAAAGGGCCACCAAGAGCUUCCAAGAAAGGACCACCAGGAGCUUCUAAGAAAGGACCACCAGGAGCUCCCAAGAAAGNCCAAGAAAGGACCACCAGGAGCUCCCAAGAAAGGGCCACCAGGAGCUCCCAAGAAAGGACCACCAGGAGCUCCCAAGAAAGGACCACCAGGAGCUUCCAAGAAAGGGCCACCAAGAGCUUCCAAGAAAGGACCACCAGGAGCUUCUAA